AACCCCGCCACUUGCCACUGCACGCAGGUACUCUAAUGCUCACCAGUCUUGAUGCAUACUGCAGCUCACAGACGUUCCUCGACUUACAACAUUCCACCACCGAAACGACUGCGAUUGUACUCAAAUGACUUAUUCUCAGACUCGCGCAGCCAUGGUCGGUAUCAGGGACCCGUGCGAAACGUCCACCUCCCUCGUACCACAUCCCAAGGAGGUGGCACCAUCGCAAAGAGCGAGGACGGAGUGAGAUGCAUCGUAGCUGGACGGGAAUCCCUUCGGAUAUUGCGUCUGUCUGCGGAGGACGAGUCCCAGACUUCGGACCACAAGUCAGCCGUCGGGCGCGGUGGCCACCGUAUUGAAGCAUCUCGGAAUUUGUGGGAGGGAAGCGGUCUCAAGAUCGACAGUGCCAGCACAGACGUUGCGUGGUGUUGUGGUAGUUAUAACAACAAGAUACUGACGAGCGCUCGUAACGGCGAACUCAUCAUGUGGGAUUUAAACAAAACCGGCAGUACCAAGUACGAGAUGAAGACCAAGAAUCACGUUCGCUCUAUCCAUAAACUUUCGUGCUCUACGAUCGUACCGUACUACUGUGUCACCGGUUCCGCCGACGGGGACAUGCGUGUCUGGGAUCUGCGUGACAUGUCUCGUUCUUUAAUGAGGAUUCAUCAUCCGACCUCCGUCCGUUCACUUGUCUUUUCGCCGUGCACCUUACACCCGCUGCAGGCUGUAGUUGGUCUCGAGAACGGUUCGAUGUACCGUUGGGACCUCCAAAUGGGUCAGCGUGGCCAGCUUGAUCGUCUUCCCGUCGCACAUACAGGUGCAGUUCUCUCCUUAGACUGGUGUACCACCCCCGGAACGGGCGGGACGGGCGACGAUUCCAGCCCUUCGAUGAGUAAAAGCUGGAUUGUUAGUGGCAGCCUCGACCAUACUGUCAAAGUGUGGGACUUGUCAGGGUCCGCUACUUCUUCACAUAUAUCGACUAAACCAGCUUAUACCUUACACCCCGCCUACCCUGUACGCCGAGUGAUUUGGCGACCCGACUAUCCUUGCGAACUUGCCGUCGUCUCGAAUGCAGAAUUUGGCAGUGGUAGUAGUUCCGAGCUGAUGGCGAGUCCAAGGCUCCAAAACGCGAGUUCACCGUUCAUUUCGGCCGCCAUUUCAACUACCGAGACUAAGGACAAAGCUAGCAAAGCUGGGAUCUCCGGUGAUUCUGUCGAGAUAUGGGACGUUCGACGAGGUUGGGUUGCCAAGUGGACUGUCGAUGCUAGCGUCUCGGAAGGUGGGGUGACAGAUGCCGUAUUUCGUGACUCUCAUGCAAUUUGGGCCCAGCACUCAUCAGGGACGUUCGCGCAGAUCGAUCUCAGGUCCUCGAACCGUCCUAUAGAUGCCAUUACAAGAGUUGCGUUGUCCUGGAGUGCCAGGCAUGGCAGCGACGGCGCUCUCACGUUUGUUACUGACAAGGCAGCACAAUGGGAAGUGCCCUACGAUGAUGUCCACCCGAACAAACGUUCGUUACUUUCUGAGCGAAAGUUGAAGGCAAAGUGUCUUGGUGAUGAGAGUCGUAUGCCUGGCAGACAAAGCCUUGGCACAUAUAUUCGGAUAUCCCCAUCCAUGACACCUGGACACGAUACCUUCAUCAAACUAGCCAAGAAAUACCGAGUCCCAGAAAAGAUGAGCCAAAGAAAAGAGGUGUGUGCCCAGAACGCAGAGAUCGCGAUGCAAGCAGGUCAAUUUAGCUCCGCACAAGUAUGGCUCGUUCUGACGUCCCUUCUGAGCGAUGUCGUUCCGGGGUCGUUGGUGUCUUCCGUCCAUCGCCCAGCUCACAGAGAUGUCCACGCAAUACCGCUGCCGCGGUCCAUCUCCGCUCCCGCUGUCGGUAGCUCGACGGUAGUAUCCUACGCGUCUGGGUCGACUUCUGUGCCUUUGUCUGCACAUACGACGCCAUCAGAUCCUGGCGCUUCGUUUAACCACGUACAUGCACAGUUUGCCUCUCCUCUGCAGUCAGUUUCUCAGCCUCGUAGUCCUAUGCGCCAUACGCAAGGGCAGCAACGUACCCUAUUUACCAGUGGCGCUGGCGCGUCCGCGGUCCGUAGCUCCGUGAGUAAGCACCAGCCACUUCUUGACCCGUCGCAUCCUACCAAAGCCCCUCCAAACUCUCGUAGCCACACCCCUGCUUCGUCAACGACUUCAUCUCCACGGCACCACGCCGUGCCCCUCGGACCUACACCUGCGAUUUCACACUCCUCGUCAGCAACGGUGACCUCGAUUCCGCCUGCUUCCCUGCCAGCUCAGAAGAUGGCACCCAGCCCGAUGCUCACAAUGACCCCUCGCCGUCCAUCGGUGUUGGGACCAGCACCGCCACUCGCUCACGCCCCAGCGCACGUCCAUACACAUACCCAUCCGAUGCACGGACGUCGCCCUUCUGUGUUUAGUCGUUCAUCAACAGUUCCGAGUACUCAUAGUGAAAGCCCAAGCGUGACGAGUGGUGGGAAUUUGCGGCAUGUCGGUGAAGGCGCACUCGACGAUUCGGAUUCGUCAGACGAAGGACGUGAGGGGGAAGAGGGGGUGGCGGUAGGGACGGGAACGACUGUUGUAGAGAAAAAUCAAAACUUUGACCUAGCUGGAGCUGGCGAGGACGCAGCGUCGGCCGAGAACCAGUCUGUCCGCCCACUAAGCGCAGCAACUCGGAGCCUUAGUUUAAAUAGGGGGGGUCCCAUACAUCGAAGUCCAUUGUCGCGCCUAGCGGUUCAGCAAGCGUGGCCCGACCCCUGUACGGAAGCGAAGGCCCAUACUGAUUCAGACGAAGACGGAAGCCCCUCGCCAUUUUCCACGGACUCUGAAGGUGCGCGCCGCUGUAGUGACGAGGAAUGUGACGGAACGAAGCAUCACACUCGGAGAGCAAGAACUGGAUCGAUGGUGAAGAUACUUCCGAGGAAGACUUCACGCGUGCGAUCUGGUCGCAGUCGGAGCUCGACGGUUGCAUCCCUCGUUGCACCCGUGCACUCCGUAUCUCCUGUAGCAGUGUUGUCGCCAGUUGGAAGUGCUGUGAAUACACCAUUGUCGGCCCACUUCGAGCAGAACCACAAGAAGGAGAAGGAACUCACGAGGCGGACGAGCCAGAGCAGCAUACAAACUGUUCCAGACAUGGGGACAAGCCUACCCGGUGUAGAUUCCCUCGUGCUAGAGCGGUGGAAUGAAAUGGGUGACCGAGAGAAGAAAGCCGUAAUAGAGGAAGAAGCGAGCCUUCACGGCACCGAGUAUGCUGAUCAGGGUGACAUCCAGAUGUGUGCGAUGCUGGCCAUUUUUGCUGCCAGAGAAUUAAGAAUAGAUUUGAUGAGGACAGUUCAGUUUAUUGAGGCCUAUAUCGAUACAUUGAUGAGAUAUCAGUUGCACCACGCUGCAGCGUAUAUCCGAAAACACCUUCAGAUAGAAGACAUCCGAAAAACUACAGGACUCGAAACCAUAAUAUACACUGCCUGUGGGCGUUGCCGCAAACCAAUUCUUGGAGCUCGUGUUGUUCCCAUAUCGCGUGGGGCAUAUGCAUUCUGUUCCUCAUGCAGAGUCCCCGUGGUACGAUGUGCGAUAUGUCAUCUGCCAGUGCGCACACUCCUUUUCCAGUGCUCUGUAUGCACCCAUGGUGGUCAUCAAGAAUGUUACCGAAGGUAUUACAUGGAACGACCGAUGGACUCAUUACCUUCUCCCACAGUAGUGACUACCGAUGUAGAUGGUACUGUACAGGGGAAUGGUAAAGGGGAACGGCACUUAGCUGGUCAUCCCUGUGCAGUAGGGUGCGGCCACUUCUGUUGGGUGGCAGCCAUGGAUGUCAACGGUUAGGGUCCCCCCCAGGAUCCGGGAAGCUGGGCCUCCUACUAUCGUAUGGUUAAUGCCAUGGCUAUGGUACUCCUGGUCUUGAGGUUAGCGAACAGGAUGUACAUAGUUCGGAACUCUGCGGCAACCAGCGAGGAAGACUGGGAAUGUUCUUUCUGUAAUCAGAACUUCAGGAAUAAGACCUCUCGAAAAUUUGCGCCGCAUGACUCUCGUGAAACCAUACAACUUAGGCCGCCAAUGA